AUGUUCCAUCACCAGCAACAAUUACUGGCUACCCUGUCGACGAGGUGCUUCUUACAAACGACAGUCAACGACUGCUCAUCUACUGUAGGCCAAUUCCUCGACACCGUCCGCACUCCAAGGUGUAAAUGCACGCUUUUCACCACUGACCCCGGAUUUACAGUCGACUUGGACUUGAGUCCUCAUCUGACCAUCGCAGUCGAUGGCACGGAAAAUCCUUUCCGAGUACAUGUAUUGCCGCUGGCCUAUCAACACACGGGCGUGCUCCAUGCUGUUCUGGGACUGUCCGCGUGCCACUUGCACCUGUCGUCGUCAGGCGCUGCUCGGGUUGAGAUGGCGACUGCCUUACAGCAUCGCGUUGCUGCGUUAAAUAUCCUUGCUUUGCUUCUGGGCAAGGAAGAAGUUCAUGGACUUACCGCCGCCGAAGACGAGGCGGUGCUUGCUAUCGUUUUGCUGUUAGUCCUUCACGACGUGAGUUUACUGAUACAACCAUCCUCAACUUGCUGGAGCCCAUCUCUGCGAUACCUCGUCGCAAAUGGCUUCGUUGAUGAUCAUAUCUGCGAACUGGGGAUAUCCUCUCACGCCAUCCAUCUUACUGGAGUCUCGUUUCUCUGCGGAAGAGUUGCUUCGUCCUCCGCGGCGUCGAAGCGAUCUAAGGCAACAAUGUUCUUUCUUUCGGCCCUUUCUUGGCUGGAUGUAGUAAGAGGCUUCAGCGGCGCCGAAAAGCUUACCUACCCAGAGGAUGUUCGAAGAUGUAUUCUGGACACCAUGAGCCCGCACGCUGGGUUACACAUCUUGGUCGGCUGUCCACCAGCCAUCUUCUACCGCAUUGGACUUGUUAUCGCAGCAGCAAAGCGCCAUUUAGAGGGAAGCUUGUCUGUCGCCGAGUUCCAAACUAUUUUGGGAGACGCAGAAGCCUUUCUACGUGCGAUCGAUUUGGAAGCAAUUGAGUACCCUACCGAGCACCCCGAGUGGAAGCAGCUCGCAGAAGCAUAUCGACAUGCUUGUCUUCUGAGGACUAUGCGUUGGCCAGACACAUUCUCCAUACCUUGCGAAGACGGGAGAAUCAGAGCAUCGGUUACAGCCAUAUUUGACUGUUGUGCUAAUGUGUCAAUGGGCUCUUCAUUCUACAAGCGGUUACUUUUCCCACUGUUCCUCGCUGCAUCCGACACGUCGAUCAGCUAUGAAACACAUUACGCCAGCCUAUGCAUUGACGAGAUACGACGGUCCACAGGGUUCCGACAUGCCGCUAUGAUGGAGGUUCUCGAAGGUGUAUGGGAAGAGAGAAAACGGAAGACUCAAGGGUGGACGAACGUUCCUUGGAUGGAAUUCGUAAGCCAAUGA